AUGAAAAAUGCAUCAAAUAGUCGUCCGAACAUGUGGCAAGAUCCCAUGUGUAGUAUUAUUGGAUAUACCUCAUUAUUCUUAUUUAAUUUUGUUAUGAAUUUGGUAACUUUCAUCAUUUUUAUAACUUGGUAUCAAGCUACGAGAAGGAUCGGUCUUAGCUUUGGUCGUUACGAUUGUGUAAUUUUUAUAGUUGUUACGACAGUUUCUAUGUUUUACACUUUGCUCGGCGUGGGUGAAUACGGUGAAGCUCACAUUAGGUGUGCAAUUCAAUCGUAUAACAUAUCGAUCCUUUGCAUUUCUCUGGUCACAAUCACAAUUAAUAUGUCAUUGAUAUUCAUCCUUUAUCUAAAUACGUAUUUAUAUUUGAAGAGGAGACUAUUAAAUAACCAAUAUCCACCCGAGGAUGAGAUAACAAAGAAAAUAUUUUCAUACGCUUUCGCUUUCGCUUUUCAAAUAUUGAUUAUAUUAUUUUAUACCAUUACCACAAUCAUUAAAUUGAACCAUAAUACGAUAGAUCUAAUUUUCAUAUUUGGAAUCAUUAAUGGUGGUUUAUUAAUAACCAUUCAGUAUAUUAAAAAUGAAGGUUGGUCGCAUAAGCCAAUCCUUUCAGCAGCUGUAAAACGUCAUUCGCUGGAUAGUUCGGCUCAAUCCAUAUCGUCUGUACCAAAUUCAUUACGGCUUACUGAACAUUUUCCUUUUACAAAGAUUCAAGUCGAUGUUGUUCAACAACAAACGACUCAACGAAGGCAAAUUGAGAAUUAUUUUUAA